AUGAUCCUCUCAGCAGUGAGAGCGAAGCAAGGAGAGUUUGAAAUUGGAGUGAACAUCCCACAUGAGGAGAAUGAUGACUCCCAAGUGAAGAAGAGGGUGAAGAGAUCAAUCAAGAGAUUGAGGAGAGUGAGCAUGAGGGCAAUGAGAAUAUGUGGAGUUGGUCCUCAAGAACAUGCACUUGGCCAAGCUCUUCUCUACCACAUGGAAUCCUACAAGGAGCUCACUUGCGAGUUCCUAGCUUCAAUGAGGCAGCUGGAGAUCUUGUUUGGGUUCAACUAUGGAGAGGGAACCAAGUGGAACUUCAAGGAAAAGGAACUCCAAAGGGUUUGGGCUACAAUCGCUGAUGGAGUGUACUCUUCCUCAAGGUCCAAGGCAGCUCAGAUCAGGAGCCCAGUCUUGAGAUAUGUGCACAAGGCACUUGCCAACACCUUCUUUGCAAGGAAGGCAACCGGGACAAUCAACGAGGGGGAACUCAAGUUUCUUGACAUGGGAAUCAAGCCCUUCUCUCACGCACAAGCGAUGGCAAGAGGAUCAGGGGAGAUAGCUUACAACACUAGGCACCAAAGAGGAAGAAAGCUUAGUGUUGGAGGGCUCAUCACACCUAUCUUGUGUGCUGCUGGAGCCAACGAGAUAAGAGCUACUGAACCAGGUUGGAUGGACAUCAAGUUUUGCAAGACCAACCUCCUCAUUGAGCACAAGGAGUUGGAUGGGAGGUUCCAAUUCAAGUUCACACAUCCAUUGGUUGGACCCUCCAAGUUUCUCCUGCCUAACCCAGAGCUCACCACAGUUGUAAGGGGUGAGAACAUUGAUUUCAGACCCCCUGUGUACACAUUAGUUGGGCAUGAGGAUGAUUGCGAGAAGAGGAGCCUGAGCGAUCGAGCUGAGCGAUCUGAGUCUCGAGCUGAGGGUCGAGCUGAGGAUCGAGCUGAAUAUCAGGUCCAGGGGAGCGCUGACUUGGGUGAGCCUGAGUGCUACUACUUUGAGGAGUAUGAGGCUCCAAGGAUGAACCCCUCUGUUGUGGCUGCCCACAAGAGGAUUGGACUUCUCCAAAAGUUCAACAAAUGGCAAGGGAAAGCCAUUGAGAAGAUGCAAAAGUCCAUGGACAAGAUGGUGAGCAAGAUCAAAAGUUUGGAGAAGAAGGUUUCUGGUUCUUCAAGCAAGAAGAAGUCCAAGGCCCCCACAUUCCCUAGGAGUAGGUCACUCCUCACCACCCAAAGGAGGCUCCCUGCCCAAGAGCCUCACAGAGCCUCUUCUUUCGAGCCAAGAGAAGGAGAGGACAACACGCAGAGAAGGAGGAAGAGUUCUAAGGCCAGACGCUCCAGCUCGACCACCGGACUCGAUCGAGUCCAAACAGAGGAAACUCAACUCGAUCGAGCUGACGGUCGAGUUGUCUGA